AUGAAGCGACAACCCCGUAAACUCAAAUGGACCAAGACCUCCCGAGCGAUGCGCGGCAAGGAAAUGAUCGUGGACCAGAACCUGCUCCUCUCGCAGUUCGCGAAGCGGCGCAACGCACCCGUGAAGUACGACCGGAACCUGGUGGCCGCGACGAUGAAGGCGAUGGAGCGGAUUGAGGAGAUCCGCGCGCGGAGGGAGCGGGUGUAUACCCGCCGGCGGUUGAGUGGGAAGGCCCAGCGGGAGGCGAAGAGGAGGCAGAACCUCAAGGUCGUGGCGGAGGGUGAGCAUCUUAUUCGCAAGGAGUUGGCGGAUCUGGAGGCUGCAAGGGCGGAGAUGGAGCCGAUGGCCGAGAAGGUCAAGAUGGAGAUGGAGGCCAGUCGGGUCAUGGGCGAGGAGAGGCUGCGUCUAAAGAGCAAGAGGAAGUUGUUGGUUGGUGGUGGCACCGAGGAGGAGAUGGAUCUCGAUUGA